AUGGAUGCUUUAUCUAAGAAGACUGAAAAUUCUCAAAAGAAAAAAGAUGGGGUUUUCUCUUGUCUCACGGAUUCGAGUGCAGAGUCCAGGGAAACCAGUUUUUGUGGUUCUAGCUCCUCAGUUUCCACUGAAGAAACGAAGGCAAAAGGCUCUUCUUCACCUCCUCCUCUUGGUUGGCCUAUUCUCAAGGCUACGGUCUCCAAGUGCUCAAAUUCUGAUGAAAAAGAAAAUAAACAUAAAUCCCACUUGGAAGACCCAAAAUUUACCAGUAUUAGUUUGAAGUUGUCAGAAGUUGACAUGAUGAAGGAAAGGUUUGCAAAAUUGUUGCUUGGUGAAGAUAUGUCAGGUUCUGGAAAAGGAGUUUGCACUGCUUUGGCCAUCUCAAAUGCCAUUACUAAUCUAUGUGCGACUGUAUUUGGGCAAUUAUGGAGACUAGAACCUCUACCUUCUGAGAAGAAAGAAAUGUGGCAGAGAGAGAUGGAAUGGCUUGUGAGUGUCAGUGAUUACAUUGUCGAGUUAAUGCCUUCUUGGCAAACAUUUCCUGAUGGGAGUAAGCUUGAGGUAAUGACUUGCAGGCCUAGGACAGAUAUUUUUAUCAAUCUUCCAGCUCUUCGUAAACUUGACAACAUGCUUCUCGAAAUUUUAGACAGUUUCACUGCCACAGAAUUCUGGUAUGUGGACCAAGGAAUUGUAGCCCCAGAUGCAGAUGGUUCGGCCUCUUUUCGCAAAACAAUUCAGCGGCAAGAAGAGAAGUGGUGGCUUCCUGUACCCCGUGUUCCCCCUGCAGGACUCAGUGAAGACUCAAGAAAGCAGUUGAAUCAUUCUCGAGAAUGUGCAAACCAAAUUCUAAAAGCAGCCAUGGCUAUCAACGGCAUUGCUUUGGCUGAAAUGGAAGUUCCUGAGUCAUAUUUGGAAGUUCUUCCUAAGAAUGGAAGAACAUGCUUGGGGGAUUUUGUUUACCGUUACAUAACAUCAGAUCAAUUCUCCCCGGAGUGCCUGCUUGAUUGCUUAGACAUUUCCUCUGAGCAUGUUGCACUAGAGAUUGCUAACCGUGUGGAAGCAGCAAUUUACGUGUGGCGUCGAAGAGCUCACUCCAGGCCCUCACCCAAUCCCAACCGUUCCACUACAAAAUCAUCUUGGGAAAUAGUCAAAGACUUCAUGGUUGAUGGAGAUAAGAGAGAAUUGCUAGCAGAUAGAGCAGAGAACAUUCUAGUUUCCCUGAAGCAGCGUUUCCCAGGCCUAAGUCAAACUACUCUUGAUACUAGCAAGAUCCAGUGCAAUAAGGAUGUUGGAAAAUCUGUACUAGAGAGCUACUCAAGAGUUUUAGAGAGCAUGGCUUUUAACAUUGUGGCACGCAUUGAUGAUUUACUCUAUGUGGAUGACUUGACCAAACAUUCAGAGAGGUUUGCAUUGGUUCCUACAACUGCUACAGUUAACGUGGUUUCUCAGCAGAAGAAGGGUACACGUUCGGUCUCAGUGUCUGUCUCAGGCACUACUCCACACAAAGCAGCAGUUGGCACACCUAGCUUUUCGCCUGCGGUUGCGCCGCUAAUUAGUCCGGCAAGAGGGGAGAGAACUCCUUUCCUCAAGAAUAACAACAACAGCAUCAAGCCUCAUCGUCGUGGAUUCGGAGUUAGGAGAGUGUUGUCAAAUUAUCUUGGAGUGGAAACAAAGACUAAGAUAUGCAGCAACUCAACCGAGGUGAACUGUUCAAACCCAAGUAGCAAGAAAACUGAACAACACCAACCAGAGCAACGUCCGAAGGAAACAUGCACCUUAAAAAACAGGACCAAAUGACUGGCAAGGUUUAUUAUCCAUUAGAGCACUCAUUAUGGUAGUUGAGAUUCGGUGGCACAGAGUUUACUAAGGGGGGAGAUAAAGUAGAGCUCAAACUGUUAUAAUCAUUUAUGAUAUUUUUCCUUUUUACUUCAUUUGUAUCAUUCACGAAAAUAUAUUUAUUGGUAGUUGGGAAUUCAAAUUCAUAGUGUUAUUACAGUAGCUUAUACAA